AUGCCGACGAUCCAGUUCAUCAAAACCCAAAAUGACUUCGAUCAGUGCUUGCAGAAAAACAAGUAUCUCGUAGCUCAAUUCACCGCUUCGUGGUGUGGGCCUUGUCAGGCUAUCAAACCCAUGGUUGAUGAUCUCUACAACUCAGAGAGAUACCAGCGGUUAGAGAUCGUGAGAGUUGACUUAGAUGCCAAUAGAGAGGUUGCUUCCAAAUAUAAUAUUACGAGUGUUCCAACUUUCAUUUUUUUCGAGAACGGUAAGGAAACAAGUCGUGUCAAGGGCGCCUCGCCAAAAAUGAUUGAGAGCUUUGAUCAAUUGAACUCCAAAGCCGUGGCUGACCCUACUGCCUCUGCUCGUAGCUCAAGCAGCUCUGAGCUGUCUGCAAAUACUCCAAAGGAGCUCGCUUCCCUCAUUCCCAAGGGCUACCUGAUCCUCAAUGAUGUGAUCCACUUCGCCGAGUUGGUUUCAUUAAACACUUUGCCAUUGGUGAAAAAGGAAGAGGCCAAGCCUAGUGAUGUGUUCAAGUUGAACGAUAAACACAGUGCUGUGGUAUCAGACGCAGACUCACAAACAUUAUUCUUCCUUCCUUUGAACAACAUCUGUAAGGUAUACUCUGUGCUUCUCAGAUUGGCUGAACCCGACAAAUAUGACGAUGCAGAGCUUGAGUUGGAUGAGGACGAGUUGAAGGAAGAGACACAGGUGCCACAAACCCUUAAAGUGUGGACGAACAAGCCAGGUAUCAUGUCUUUCGAAGAUGCUGCAAGCGACAACAACGCUCCGCAUGUGGAGAAGAUUGACCUCAACAAGGUAAAAGACGGGUGGUAUGAGGCCAAACUAAAAUUUGUCCGUUUUCAGGGCGUUCAAAACUUAACCAUCUUCAUAGACGGAGAAGACGAGGACAAGCACAUCAUCAUUAAUAGAAUUGUCAUUGUUGGUACUAGCGGGGACUCUAGAGAGCAAGGAUCAGUACAGCCGCUUGAAGACGAAUGA